ACGAGGCGUUUAUUAUCAUAAAUCUCCAGCAAAAAGCAAUCGCUUAAUAAAGGCUUCGUUCUCGGAGGUGUAGGAAAAUGAAGCAAACACCAACAACGUUCGAACCAUACACACUUAGUACCUUUCCCCUGCCCAAAACAAAGAGAGCCCCGCGUACACAUUCGGAACCGAAAUUCCCUAAAACCAAGCUGGGUUCUAAUUCACCCCACGUGCCCAUCACUGCUCAACCCUUCCGGGUCUGGGCCAAUUCGGCCCCUUCCUUAGUAUUGCGCCUGCGCGAAGAUGCGGUCUGCCCUCUCACGUUAAGGGGCUGCGGGACUUCCGCCUAUUGACGGCUCACGAUUCGUUGCCUGAUCUCUGCCCCGGAAGAAAUAGAAGGGACUCCUUAGGCGCCUGAGGGUGAAUGGUUCUUGUCGGCCAAUAUGCUGUGCGGUGCUCGGCAGCAACUGGGGAAGCGGCUCCUACCCUUCCUCUUAGGAAGCAAGGGAUGUCCGCCAGGGCGAAGCGAGACCCUAGGCAGCCCCAAUCCCGUUGUGCCUAUGGCCGUUUGUGCCUAUGGUGCCACCGCGGGGCCAAUCGGGGCCGGGGGCUGGUACGAAACCCUGGCCUCAUCAGCCCCUGCACACUGGGCGGAGGCAGUGCUAGUCGGAGCGCAGAACGCCACCGGGCUGCCGUGGUGGGCCAGCAUUGUCGUCACCACCGCAGCCUUGAGGAGUGCAAUUACGCUACCUUUGGCCGCCUACCAGCACUACAUCCUAGCUAAGGUGGAAAAUUUGCAGCCAGAAAUAAAAAUAAUUGCCAAGAAUCUUAAUUAUGACAUUGCACUUCAAGCAAAAAAAAUGGGAUGGUCAAAAAGAGUAACUAGGCUUACUUACCUGAACAACCUGAGGAGGAUUGUUUCAGAACUGUAUAUUCGGGAUAAUUGUCAUCCAUUCAAAGCCACUCUGCUAAUAUGGAUUCAGAUACCAAUGUGGAUCUUUAUGUCUGUUGCACUACGAAACUUCAGUCUAGGGGUAACAGAUUCAGAAGGAGACUUUUCUAUUCAGGAACAAUUUUCAACAGGUGGAGUUCUGUGGUUUCCUGAUCUCACUGUGCUUGACUCCACAUGGAUUCUUCCAGUCUCACUUGGAAUUCUCAAUUUGUUAAUAGUGGAGAUUUUUGCAUUACAAAAACUUAAAAUGACCCGCUUUCAGAAGUAUAUUACACAUUUUACUCGUGGAAUAUCUGUGUUGAUGAUUCCCAUUGCUGCAACAGUACCCUCAUCAAUUGCUCUGUACUGGUUCUGCUCCAGCUUCAUAGGCCUCUCACAGAAUCUGCUGCUGCGUUCCCCAGGAUUUCGCCAGCUCUGUCGUAUACCACAGACAAGAUCACAGUCAGACACUCCUUAUAAGGACCUCUUUGCUGCCUUUUGUGCCAGAUUCUUUUUAAGAAAAUGAUCUCUUCCCUAGGAAUAAAUCUGACUGUCCCAUCACUGAAAAAUAGAAGAUUAAGAUCUUAAUAAUAGUUCUUUUUGUGAUAUACAGUGCAGUUAGCUGUGCUUUAAAAUGCUAUUGUAAUAUAUGACACUUGUGUUUUAGACAAGUGAAGAAUAGGCUGCUUAAGAUUUGGUGAUUGGAUCAUGGAAACAUAAUUUGUUUUAUAUUUGAAAGACGAGUGAGUGGAAUUGGCUAAGUUGUCAGAAAACAAUUAAAACUUUGAAUUACAAAAGGGAAGUAUCAAUAAAUCCCACAAAUCUAGAGCAGUAUAAAAAAUUUUUUCUGUUGACAUAUUAACUGGUAGUAAUUGCAGAGAGACUAGCUGCAUGCUAUUUGAAUGAGAUAGCUAUGAAAAUUAUAAGAAAACUAACCUGGAAUGAAAUCAUGACUCAAAUCUUCACUGAAAUGAAUCAGUUGGUGUUAUCUUCUUCAUGUUUCAGUAAACCUGGAUGUUUCCAUUAAAAUGCCAAAGAGGGGAGCAAGUUUUAUUGGAAGUUCUCUGCCUUUGAGGAAAGGUUGAAUAACUUGAGUUUUUUCAAGAAGAGGAAAGAAAAGAAAAAAUGCUAGCCAUCAAGAGAAUGAGAGAAUUAUCCUCUAGUUCAGCUCAUUUUAUUAAUGAGCAAGUAUAUCCAAUUGGUUAUUAGACUACUUGGGUAGAAUUGGGAUUAAAUUAGAGUACUUGAGUAUAGUGGUAUUAGACUCAAAUAGGCAUUCCUGAGAGCUGUACAUAGACUUUAAAAACCCCACAAAUUUACACAUUGCAUUUUAUUAACAUUUCUCAGUUAUAUUUUAACUUGGUUUAACAGAGGCUUUACAUCUCUUUCCUAAUGAGUUCUAAGUUAGAGGUUUAGGGGGGAGAAACCUAUAAUGCUAAAAUUUGCCUCAAAAGAAAUUAUUAGAUCUAAAUUAACUUGACAUGGUGAGAGAUCAAAUUUUUGUCAUUGUCUGUAUUAAUCUUCCUGUUUCCAAUGCAGUCCUUUCCUAAUUUCUUCGUAUCACUUUUCAUUAUCUUUCCAACACACCAUCUUAUUAUUACUUCCACUUAAAAAUAUGUUCCUCCAUUUCCUAUCACAUGAAAUCUAAUAACAUCCAACAUUCCAAGGUCUUCCAUGUCAAGUGCCACAGACAGUGGAGGAACUCUGAAUGAGGUAUAAAACUCUUCAGCCCAGAGGGAACCUGGUGACAAUGUCUGGUUCAGCUCUCAUCUCCCCUUGUGUGUCUCACUCUUUCUGAAAAGUUGGGGGGGGGGGGCGUGACAACUUGUGUUUUACUUGAAAUAGAGAUACAGUAAAAGAUUCAUAUUAAUUCAUAUUAAUAGCAGGGGGCUUAUAGUUAGCCUAUGCUCAGUGUGCUGUAGUGGUAUAAUUUUACUAAUGUAUUUAGGGACUGAGAGAACUUGAAAUAAAUGGACUCCAUGUUUGACCAUCCCAUGUGGGUCUCUGCUUCAUCACUCCUCCACUAAGACCAAGGUCUCAAGCUGGUCCUGAAAUCCUCCCAAGAGCUAGUCCAGAUGAACCCCAGUGUGGGGGCUCUAGAAAACAUAGUACAUUUUGGCACCCCAACUUGGAGGUUCUAGAAAGCAUACUAUACUUCCAUAGUUAGCUUCAUUGUAGCUUUCUAAUUUUUUCUCCCACUUUUCUUCAUUUCUUAUGUUGCAUACAGCUGACAAUUCUCUGCUGUAAUCUGAUAUUCUGUCUUUUUCUCUGCCUUUACUCAUCUCCUAUUACUGUGAUGAUUUUUGUCUGACUUUAAUACUUGACAUGGCUAUCCCUUCAUCCUGGAAGAUUCCUCCCCACCCCCCAUCCCUUUUCUUAUUCCUUUGCCAAGUGAUUACUUAAAGUAUUUGAUAACAUUUUUACUUUGCCCUUUUCUGGUUUGAAAGCUCUGUGAAAGGAAGGUUUGUGUUAUACCUUUGUGGACCUAGCAUGAACAUUGUUAGUUCCAUAAACCCAUACCUGACACCAGGAAUAAAAAUACUUAAAUACUUUCUGA